CAUUGCACCCGCAGUUGAUUUUACACAUCUCUCGCGUUUAGUUGGCAAUUAUUAAAAAUAGGAAAUAAUUUUUAGGCUACGUGAACGUGCGAGUAUAAAUUAUUAUACAUUAUAAUAGAAAUUUAAUUUAAGAUUGUGUAAAUGUUAACAAAAAUAUGUUAGUGUCACGCAAAUAAAUCAAACAAAAGUUAAUUUUAAACAAAGGAUAUACAAUUGCAAAUAAUAUCAAGGCCAGUGAGUUGCAAAACCCAAAUCAAAGCAAAAAAUUCGCUAAAACAGUGUACACAAGGAAACGUCAAACAAACGUGUAUUUGGUAUAAAAUUAGCGCAAAGACCGCUAAAACUUGUGACAAGGAAUAGAAAAGUGAAUUCCUUAAUAUAAACUUUCACGGAAAAUUUAUUAAUUAUCGCAGAUCAUAAUUGCUGCGGUGUACGUGUGUGUGCGGUUAUCAAUUUAGGCUGUGUUUGGAAUUUUUAUACGCGAAAAUUCCACGUGAAUGUCUUCACAAUCGUCGACUCGUUAUUUGCCAAUAGCCAAAAUGGACAAUCCCGCUUUGUCAGGGUCCAGUGGUGAUGUGGAGGCCGACUGUAAUACUGUAGAAGCUAGUCUACCCGCCACCUGUUCGUCGCAGCAAUUAAUGCCUCCAUCAUCAGAUACGGAUAGCGUUGGUGUACAAAGACCAGCCACCGGAAUCACAAGAACACAAUGGUUUACGGUGGUGGUGUUAUGCUUUGUAAAUUUAAUCAACUAUAUGGAUCGCUUUACCAUAGCAGGUGUUUUAACGGAUAUACAAGAUGAUUUUAAGAUCGGUGACGAUGAUGGUGGUCUACUACAGACCGCCUUUGUACUUUCCUAUAUGAUUUGUGCGCCACUUUUCGGCUAUCUCGGCGAUCGUUAUUCACGUCGUUGGAUUAUGGCUAUUGGUGUACUGUUAUGGUCUACAACAACACUGCUCGGCUCGUUUAUGGGCAGUUAUGGUGGUUUCAUAACAUUCCGCGCGUUGGUGGGUAUUGGUGAAGCCUCAUAUAGUACCAUAGCGCCGACUAUAAUUUCCGAUUUAUUCGUACACGAUUUACGUUCGAAAAUGUUGGCUUUAUUCUAUUUUGCGAUACCAGUGGGCUCGGGAUUUGGUUACAUUGUUGGCUCCGAAACAGCGCGUUUGGCCAACGACUGGCGUUGGGCUCUACGUGUGACACCCAUUCUGGGUAUUUUCGCUGUUGUGCUGAUACUCUUAACCAAAGAACCUGUGCGUGGUGAAAGUGAGGGCUCACAAAAUUUGGAACCCACCAGCUACACCGAAGAUAUUAAAGAUUUGGUGAAGAAUCAUUCGUUUAUGCUCUCGACUGCGGGCUUCACAUGCGUUGCCUUCGUAACCGGCGCCCUGGCGUGGUGGGGACCGAAAUUCAUUUAUCUAGGCGUCAAAAUGCAGCCGGGCAAUGAACAAUUAACGCUUAAUGACGUAUCGUACAAGUUCGGCAUUAUCGCCAUGAUAGCCGGAUUGAUUGGUGUACCCUUGGGUUCGGUGCUCGCCCAACGUUUGCGGCCACGUCAAGAGAGCUGCGAUCCAUAUAUUUGCGCUUUUGGCUUACUCAUAUCAGCACCGAUGGUUUACUUAUCGCUUGUGACGCCGCAAACCACAACCUCGUUCUGCUUCUUGUUCGUCUUUUUGGCACAGGUGACGCUGAAUCUAUGCUGGUCCAUUGUAGCGGAUAUUUUGUUGUAUGUUGUGGUGCCGACACGCCGUUCUACAGCUGAAGCCUUCCAAAUUCUGCUAUCACAUGCGUUAGGAGAUGCUGGCAGUCCAUAUUUUGUUGGCUUGCUUUCGGAGGGCAUCAAACGCCACUUGCGCACCACCACCACACAAACCAGCGAAUUCUCUUUGCCCAUACCAAGUAUGUCAUUGACAUUAGAGGACAGCAGUAAUGCUACAGCAACAGAUUUACUAACAAAAGCUGCCAAUUUAAUAAGCGAUAAUGCACAAGCAUUGGUUUCAAAUGCAUCAAGUUUAUUACAGCAGAAUGCAACAGACUUGCUUCAAACGGAUAGAAUUCUCGAUUUUAAUGUAGAAGAUAGCGAUUCCAACAAUUUCAGAGCGUUACAGUAUUCACUCUUUUCGACAAGUUUUGUUGAAGUUUUGGGUGCCGUUUUCUUCUUUUUAACUGCCAUUUAUAUAAUAAAGGAUAAACGUCGUGCGAUGCGUGCCACAUUUGUUAAUGAAUCAAACGAUCUUAUCAAUACAACUAGUAAAGUUAAAGAAUUCGAUUUCGAGGAUUCCGAGUGUAUCGUUCUUUGCACUGAUAUCACGAGAAAUCAACGUGCGUAAGGUUAUAGAAAAAUUAGAGCCCAACGAAAAGCGCUUCAAAAUUGUUUUUAAAUCAAUGCUGGUUUUAAUAGCGAACCACCAAGCCCAGCCGAAGAGUGAAAUGUGCACAAUUAAUAAAUUAUUUUGCGAAUAAAUAAUUUAAAAGCCGCUUAACCGACCAGCCAAACAAUCAAACCCACGAGCAAUUGCUAUAAUACAACAACCACAUUGCCGACGCCCUGUAAGCCGGUAAUAUGAGUUGCGCAAAAGGCAAAACAAACAAAAACAUACAUACAUACAUGCAUAUGACUGAAAUAUUAGUUCUAACUAAACUAAUUAUUUAGUAGUAGUUAAUAAUAGUAAUGAUUAUCAUAGAAUCAUAAUCAUGUGUGCCUCGAGAUGUGGGUGUGUGUUCCUAUUAGAAGCGUGUCGUGUAUAUGAAUACAUCAUACAAAAUAUCAAAUAUCACUCAUACAUACAUACAUAUUUAAAUACGUGUACAUAUAUACAUUUGUAAUAAAAAAUAAUAAAAGAAGAAGAAGAAGAAAGCUCACAUUGAUCAUUAUCAUUUGGCAAUCCAUUAAUUGUUAAUCUGAUUCCUAUUGUAUAUUUAUUUGUAUAAUUAUUAUUAUUAUUAUUUUAAUAAUGUCAAUAUGUAACAAAAUGGAUUGUAUGCACUACAAGAAAAAAACACGAAUAUGUGUAUGUGAGUGGAGUAACUUUAUUUGCAUUCAAAUGUUAAAAUUGCAUAAAAAUUUUAUCAAAAAAAAAAAGAAAUAAUGGAUUGAGGAGCAAGUAGAAAACAUGCUGUAAAAUUGUUUGUAAAUUUUACUAAAUAAUAUAUUUUCUUUCUAUUAUUAAAAUUUAGUUAUGAUUAUGCAAAUUUAUACUCAAAAAACAUUCAUUGCCCUACGCUGUGCGUUGCGCAUGCUCAUUUUACAUACAUGAACGUACAUGAUAACGGUAUAUAACAUAAUUAUUAUAUGUAAGCUUUUUUUUAUUUGAAAUAUAGUGCUUGAAUGGCUGCAACGACAGCAUGGCAUGUAAAAAGGGCGAAAAAUGUAGGUACUAAAUAAAUGCACAUUAAAAUUAAUUAGUUAGCAUUGCAAUUUUUUAGAUAAAAAGUAAUAAAAAUUAAAUAAAAUUAAUUUCUCUAUAUACAUAUACAUAUACAUAUAUAUAUAUAUAUAUGUAAAAGGACUAGGCAAGUAAGCAGUAGAGUAAGAAGCGGGUGUGCAUUAUCAUUAUUUUUUAAUCGCUCUUCUCAUACUAUCUCAAAUCUAAUGAAAUCCUUGAAAAUUGUGCUACUUACAUUGAACAACUAUAGUUUUUUUUUUAAAUAUUUAACGCCUAAACCAAAAAAAAAUUUAUAAUAAAUUAAAAAUGUAUUCUCUUAACUAUUUUCCAUCCAAAUGAAUUGUUAAUAUUUGUCUCGUAUUUUUUAUUUGUUAUAUAAUAUAUGCAUACCCCUUCCCUACCGUAAUCUGUUAGAUUUAAACGAAAAAACAAUUUAGGCAAUGGCGCAGAAUUCAUGAAAUAAGACUGUAUUAGGAUUUGUUAUGUAUUUUAAAAACAUAAAAUGGUAAAAAGAGUAUAAUAAAAGAUAUGUAUAUUGCAUUGAAUUAAACUUGUACGCAUACUAAUCGAUAAUAUACUUAUAUAUAUAUAUAGUACAUAAAUACUUAUAUAUAAAAUA